AUGUUGCUGCGCCUUUGUUCACGUUUACCAUUCUUUCAAACUUAUAGAUAUCUCAAUAAAACAACUGAAAUUUCCAAGAGAAUUGAUCGUUUCAAUGGCAUACAUUUGAAUAUUAUUUCUUAUGAAAAUAAUGAUUUACACAAUAUCAUUCAGUAUAUCAAUGACAUAAUAAAUGAUCCACCAGGUUUCAAAGCUAUCUGGGUGACUUUGAAAUCAGAACAUUGUGAACUUGUACCGGCUCUCUGUAGACCAUAUCCUCUUGGUCCAGGUUUUAAGUUUCAUCAUGCUUACAAUUCAGAAGCUACUUUAGUCCGUUGGCUUGGUGAAGGUGUAAGCCGACUACCUGAUUACGCUUCACAUCAAGUGGGAGUAGCUGGUGUACUGACCAAUUCAGAUACCUCUAAAGUUCUAAUGGUACGUGAAAAAGGUAGCCCUACGUUUUCUGGUUGGAAGUUUCCUACUGGCCUUUUACAUGCAGGUGAAGAUAUUGCUGAUGCAGCAGUCAGAGAAGUUUAUGAAGAGUGUGGAAUUCAUACGGAUUUUGGCGGUGUUAUAUCCUUCAGACAACAACAUGAUUUUCCUGGAUCAUUUGGUAUAUCUGAUUUACUAUUCACUUGUCGACUUCAACUGCCUAACGGUGUGUCUGAGCCUGAGAUCAAGACUUGCUCUUAUGAGAUUGCAGAUUGUAAAUGGAUGCCUAUAUCAAAACUUUUAUCCGCUAAUGUGCAUACAAUUAUCUCAACGAAUGAAUCAAACUCUUUUAAUCAUGAUAAUGAAAUACACAUCACUUCAUUUACACAGAAAAUUAUCCAUCUUAUAAUGAUUACUAAUCAUCAUUCAAUUGAUUUAUUGUCAAGUGAAUUAACACCGCAUAGAGAAUCAUCCAUUAUAAAAGGCAAAUUUUAUGAUUUAUUCCUUCCAAGGUCAUUCAAUGUUCAUUAUAGAACUUAUCAGAAAAAUGUAUACUUAAUUAUCUUGUAACAGCAUCAUUUGAUGUCUAAUUGCUACGCAGGUUUUACAUUGCAUUACAUCAUGUACAUACAUGAGAUAUCACGACAAUGUGUAUAUCACCAGUCGAACUUUAUUGACUUUUAGAGGUGUUAACCUCCAAAUAUGAGAAUAGAUGUCGUCAUCGUUCGUGUGUGUGUGUGUGUGUGUGUGUGUCGGAAGAUGAGAAUGAUUGGAUUGUCAAACACUAAAGCCCGCUAAACAUGACUAGAUCUUGUACACCACGCCCAAAAAUAAGUAAAAUUUUUAAUUUGAAAAUGUAAAGAAUGAAAAUAAGUCUUAUGAAGAUACUAAAU